CACUAAACUAGCAACAAAAUUAUAACCUUCAUAACCAAACAAAGACUUACAAUAAAAAUAUUAUCAUUAAUUUGUUUGAACAAUUAAUAUGGAGGGAAAUAGAUCAAUUUCAAACUCAACAAAUGGAAAUGGAAAUGUAGAUCAAAUAAAGUAUAGAGGAAUUCGUAGGAGACCAUGGGGAAAAUUUGCAGCAGAGAUUCGUGAUCCAACAAGAAAAGGUACAAGAAUAUGGCUUGGAACAUUUGAUACUGCUGAAGAAGCUGCAAGAGCUUAUGAUGCUGCUGCUUUUCAUUUUCGUGGUCAUAGAGCUAUUCUUAAUUUCCCUAAUGAAUAUCAAGCUCCUUCUAAUUCGUCUUCUUCUUCUUCUUCAUUACCUAUGCCUCUUACAUCUAUGCCUCCUCCUAAUCCUUCUUCUUCUUCUUCCUACUCUGUUGAUGACAUUAAUUUUGAGUUUGAAUUCUUCGAUAAUAAGUUGCUUCAAGAACUCCUUCAAGAUGGAACACACAAUAAUUAGAAAGCUAUUUGAAGAUCAAGUGGAAUGAAUUUCUUUUUCAUUAAUUUAUUUUGUUUUGUUUAUGUAUCUCAUUCUUAUGAUUAAAUGAAAUUGGGGUAUAUUGGACAUUUAUAAUAAUUUGUAAUAUGAAUUUAAUUGAGAGAUCAAUAAAUGAGAUGGAUAUUUGUCUU